AUGCACACCGUUGGCUUGCCUCGCACCUGUUUAGGCUUCACGAACAUUCUGUUUUUUGUGUUUGGUUUCAUUGGUUUUGGUGUUUGCCUAUGGUGCGCUGUGAACACUCAGUUCUUCGAAGAUGUCAACUACACGAUCACGAAAAGCUCAAUGGUCAGCGACAUAGCGGAAUUCGUGAACCUCAAACUUUGGUACACUCCGAUGACGACGAUUCUAAUGAUUUUAGCGAUAUUGACGAUGAUGACGUCAUGCUGUGGCAUUCUUUCGGCCGGGUGUCAACUGAAAUGCGCUGUGAAAUCCUACAUAUUCCUCGUCACAAUCAUAUCAUCAGUAGCAUUUUGGGUGUUCUUCAUAUCAGGCACUUACAACAUUUACACGAAGAACGAAAAUACUAGAAGUUAUUUCGAAAAGACCAUAAAAUACAACUACGGAAUGGAGAAUGACGUGAUAACAUACUUCUGGAAUUAUCUCAUGAUGGAAUACGAAUGCUGUGGCGCGAACAGCUAUAAAGACUUCGCCGAUUCCAAUUGGCAAAAGAAGAGCAAUAAGUUGUAUCCCGUUCAAUGUUGUAAACUGGAGAACAGGACAGCGCUCACUCCCAUUUCGAAAGAAUGCACUCAAAGUGUAGAUCCUUCGAUACAAACUAAUGCUGAAAUUGGCUGUUUUGACCUCCUCAGUAAAGCCAUAGCAUCUAAUAAAGGGAAGCUGAUAUUUUACGUCGUACUGUCAGUUGUGUCGUAUUUAGUUUUGAUUCUGUUCGCUUAUUGCGUCAUUCGGGGCGAACCGCUUUUGGGAGCUUUGGCGGGUAGUUGGGAAUUGCCGGCAUCUAAAGCUGAGAAUCCACAUACUGAGCCAGUACCUGUGAGAUCAUACGCACAGAACAUAUCCUAUACAGAGGAGCCGCCGAAGAAAGUUGUGAGAGUGAUAUCAGCAGUGAAUCCCUUCCAAACUUAUAAGUUUACACCGAACGCUUACGGUGGUGAUGUAUACUGA